GGGAGAGGCAGAAUAAACGCGCCUUUCACGCCCGGCAUCCCCACCAGUCCCACGGCUCCCGCGCUCCCGGCCUUGGUCGCUUCUUGCCCUGCUUGCAGGAGGCAAGGCAUGCUGAAAUAAAGAGAAACUUGUUCUGUGGCAGGAAAGGUCAUUUCUUCUGGCCAGGCAUUCCCAUCCUGGGAAGGAGACAGGAAGCAUAUUGCAUUAAAGGUGCGGCUCCUCUCCUGUCCUGUGCUCUCCUCGCCGCGAUGCCGCCGCCGUGUCCCCGCGGGGCCCUGCCCGGGGCCUCCCUCCUCCUCCUCUUCCUCCUCCUGCCGCUGCUCUGCGCGGCGCCCGAUGUUUCAAGGGGAAAUAAGCUUAAACUGAUGCUUCAGAAACGAGAAGCCUCUGCUGCUGCUGAGAAGCCGGAGGUGUCAGUGAAAGAAACGGCAGCCAAGGAGUUCCUGAGCAGCCUGAGACGGCAGCGGCGCCAGCUGUGGGACAGGAGCCAGCCCGACGUGCAGCAGUGGUACCAGCAGUUCCUGUACCUGGGCUUCGAUGAGCAGAAAUUUGAAGAUGACAUCUCCUACUGGACAAACUUGGGGCGUGCUCGCAAUGAGUACUACGGUGGGUACUACCAGCACCACUACGAUGAAGAUGCUCCCAUUGGCCCACGGAACCCACACGCCUUCAGGCACGGUGCAGGCGUCAACUACGACGAUUACUAAUGCCAUGAACCCUACUGCAGCCUGCAGGGCUGCACUGGGCGAGGCUGAGCCCUCCCUCAGUCAGGAUGACCCUGCUUUUUCUUCUGUUCAUGUCAAACAGAAAGAGUAAAGGAACUGCCAGACUUUGAUGAAAGCAACGUGAUUUUUUAAACUAUCAUUACUUAGUAGUACACUAUAUAUAAAAAGUGUUAUAGAAAUAAAGCUUUUUUUAUAAUCAGGUUGCCAUUAUUUAGUAGACUUCAUAACAGCAAGUUUAAUUCCAACUGUAUUAUUACAGAUUCCUUUUUAAAGGGCUUUUUCUCUUGCUGUCCUACAAUCAAUUGCAAAAUUACAUUAUAUCAUCUACUUUGGCAUAUAGAAUACAUAAUAUUAGCCAGUACGUUUAAGAUAUGCCUUCCCAUUCACAUUUCUAUUAACAAAUAAAUCCAAUUAUUCUUGGGAGAAAAGAAAAAAAAGGUUUCCUGUCAAUUGAAGUGCUGCUUUGUUGCCUCCUCUGCCAUUUCCAUACCCACAGUGUGCAGCCCUCCAAGCCCGACAUGGCACUGCUGCAGAUUCUGUUGGGUCAAGGACACAGAUAUUCACAAAAGCUGAAUUCAGUGCAGAUGAGCUUGCCUACCUACAAAGCCUAUGAAAGGAUCCUCCAGGGAACAGGCUCAAGGCAGGAACUUGACUUCAGCAGUAAUUGCUGAGGCAGAGCAUGCAACCUGAGCAGCCCCAGCCCCUCCCAGGCACGAUAACCCAAAGGUUAUCUUUGCUGAAUACUCCCCUUUGUGUCCAUUCCACUUAGCGUCAAGCUUUCAGCCUAGCUCAAAAUAGGGAAUAAAACAACAAAGUAAGCUAUUUAAAAUUAAGUUAGUGUCAGACAGCAUCCAACACAGUCCCCUGACAUCAUAAUUUCCUACUGCAAAAUUCCCUCUACCCCAAUUCAGGCUGAAACAUGCACAUUAAGCUGAGCAUCAAAAUAUAUCAGAGACCAGGCAUCUGUUAGUGAAACACAGUGGAUUAAAGGGGGGUUGUUGGUGGCAUCAUAUGUGUUAAGAAUCCCAAAACACAACCAAUUUUUGUAUCACAGCAACAUCGGCCUGGGAGGGAGAUUUCAGCUGUCAGGGCCUUCAGGAGGAGCUGGGCAAAGGAAAGCACUGCUGGCACUUGACAAAUGGACUGGGAAGGGGCAGGUGAGGAAGGCUGGCUUCUCUGACUUCUGGAACUGAAGAAUCAGGAUAAAGAGAGAUUAAAUGUGUUCUACCAACUGUAGCAGUCAGAGAAGACAGCAUGGAUGCUUUAGCUGUCUCUCAUUAAAGCUUACAAGAAAUUUCCAAAGCAUGGAUGAUGGCAACACCAUUCUUUACACUUCACUACUUUCUUAACUCUGAGUGUAUUUCCUAAUCUUUUGCUUAAAGCCCUUGUUGUGUGAGGGACUGGUGUCUAGGAGAUGCAGCCCAGCACUAUACAGCUCCCUGCAGGAACACUUCCCAGGAGACAGCUCUUUGCUGAGGGAGCCAAACUGAACAUGUUGGUCACUUCUCUGCACACGCAGAUCCACACUGGCCUAACAUGCUUCCCUAGGCUUAAUCUCAGCAGAAUCCUUAAGCCAGUUUAACUGGUUUAAACUGGUGUGUUUCCAGAAUCCUUGCCAGUUUAACUCGUUUAAACUGGUGUGUUUCCUUGGUAGAAGAGCCUUUAUUCCAAAUAGGGAAUAAUCACAUUCUGAGUCAAGCACAGACUUUUUUGCACAGUUGGAAAACACCUAUUCCUAGAAGAAUACUUUCAUUUUGUAUAUUAUCCAAAAAGUGCACUGAAUUUGGCAAUGUUUGAACCAUGCUGGUAAUUUCCAUCAUUUCCCAGAAUUUACAAUUGGGAAUUCAGACCAGCUGAAUAAGGAAGAAUAAAAAAAGUGCUGUAAAU